AUGGAGCAAUUGGACAGCAAGCCUUAUCAACCAUUAUCCAAGGUUAAGCAUGAAAUGGACCUAACCUACACCAGUUCCUCUGAAGAUAGCGAUGAUGAUCACAAACCAAGACAAUCAUAUAACUCCAGGGAAACGCUACAAGAAUGCACCCAGGAAAUAAGACUUAAUUAUAACAAUCACAGUAGCAGGAAAAGAAAAGCAGUUGAAGAUGCCAACCAAGAGAUGGAUUUCUGUGAGACACCACACAUCUUACGCUCUGGUUAUCAAACCAACUUACACACUGCUUCCCAACAUGGCUACCCGUUAGAGAUGGGUUCCGAUGUAGAUACAGAGACUGAGGGAGCUGCUUCACCAGACCGUGCCCUUAGGAUGUGGAUGAGAGAGAUGAAAUCAGAACACAGCUCAUGUUUAUCAAGUAGAGCAAACUCAGCUUUAUCCCUGACUGACACUGACCAUGAAAGGAAGUCCGAAGGGGAGAAUGGUUUUGUUGGUCGCUCAGUGUGUUGUAAUGUUGAGGGCCCUGCUGAAAACGCUCAGGAGAUGCCCGGGAGCCCAAGGAAUCAGUUUACAUUCAGGCCACUUCCUCCCCCUCCACCCCCACCACAUGCGUGCACCUGCAGCAGGCAACCUUCUCAGACCCUGGACACUCUCCAGCGAAGCUCGAUGACAUCUCGCAGCCAGCCAAGUCCAGCUGCUUCAAACCCUCCCACAAGCACUCAAGAUUCCAUACACCUGCAUAACAGCUGGGUCCUUAACAGCAAUAUUCCACUGGAGACCAGGCAUUUCCUUUUCAAGCAUGGAUCAGGAUCUUCUCCAAUAUUCAGUGCGGCCAGUCAGAAUUAUCCCCUAACCUCCAAUACUGUUUACUCCCCACCUCCAAGACCUCUGCCUCGCAGUACUUUCUCCAGACCUGCCUUCUCCUUUAACAAAUCAUACCGCUGCUGUAACUGGAAAUGCACAGCGCUGAGUGCCACUGCUAUAACAGUAACUUUGGCUCUGUUGCUUGCAUAUGUUAUAGCAGUUCAUUUAUUUGGUUUAACUUGGCAACUUCAACCUGUUGAGGGCCAACUGUAUGAAAAUGGCGUCAGCAAGGGGAGCAGAGGCGAGGAAUCAACGGACACUACAUAUGCACCGCUCGGAGGGAAAGUUUCAGAUAAAGCAGAAAAGAAAGUGUAUCAAAGAGGAAGAUCGAUAGAUUCAGGAGAAAUUGAUAUUGGGAAACAAAUCGUGCAGUCUAUACCACCUGGUUUAUUCUGGAGGUUUCAGAUCACAAUACACCAUCCUCUGUAUCUAAAAUUUAAUGUGUCUUUGGCUAAAGAUUCUCUUCUUGGUAUAUAUGGACGAAGAAAUAUUCCUCCAACGCAUACGCAGUUUGAUUUUGUAAAACUGAUGGAUGGAAAGCAGUUGAUAAAGCAGGAACCUAAAGCUGCAGAGAGCCCUCAGCACGCACCUCGGAGCCUGGUCCUGGCAGCCGUACAAGAGACAGGCUUCAUUGAAUACAUGGAUCAAGGUGUUUGGCAUUUGGCUUUUUACAACGAUGGCAAAAAGAUGGAGCAAGUAUUUGUGUUAACAACUGCAAUUGAAAUGAUGGAUGAUUGUUCUACAAACUGCAAUGGCAACGGAGAAUGCAUUUCUGGGCAUUGUCACUGCUUUCCUGGAUUUCUUGGGCCUGACUGCUCUAGAGAUUCAUGUCCAGUACUGUGCAGUGGAAAUGGGGAAUAUGAGAAAGGACAUUGUGUCUGCCGUAAUGGUUGGAAAGCGGCUGAGUGUGAUGUUCCUGAGGAGCAAUGCAUUGAUCCUACCUGCUCUGGUCAAGGCACAUGCAUUAUGGGAGUCUGCAUCUGUGUGCCUGGUUACAAAGGAGAAAUAUGUGAAGAAGAUGACUGCCUGGAUCCCAUGUGCUCUGGCCACGGUGUGUGUGUGCAAGGAGAGUGUCACUGUUCUGCUGGCUGGGGAGGUGUCAACUGCGAGACGGCACUAGCGCUUUGUCAAGAGCAAUGUUCUGGCCAUGGGACCUUCCUCUUAGACAGUGGUGUCUGCAACUGUGAGCCACGUUGGACUGGUGCAGAUUGUUCUACUGAACUGUGUGCAACAGACUGUGGAAGUCACGGUGUGUGCUCAGGAGGAGUCUGUCAGUGUGAAGAGGGUUGGGGUGGAGCAAGCUGUGAUGAACGUACAUGCCAUCCAAAUUGCGCAGAACACGGCCAAUGCAGAGACGGGAAAUGUGAAUGCAGUGCAGGAUGGGAAGGAGAACAGUGCACAAUUGCACACUUGGAUGCCGUCAGAGAUGGGUGCCCAGGACUGUGUUAUGGCAAUGGAAGAUGUAUACUUGAUCAAAAUGGAUGGCACUGUGUGUGCCAGGUUGGCUGGAGUGGGACUGGAUGCAACAUUAUCAUGGAAAUGGACUGUACUGAUAAUAUGGACAACGAUGAAGAUGGCCUGACAGACUGUGUAGACCCUGAUUGCUGCCAAAAAGCCAAUUGCUUCUCUAGCCCUCUCUGUCAGGGAUCACCUGACCCACUAGACCUAAUUCAACAAAGCCAACCACCGUUCUCCCAGCAUCCCCCAAGGCUCUUCUAUGAUCGAAUUAAAUUCCUUAUUGGCAAGGACAGCACUCAUGUGAUUCCUGCAGAAAUCAUAUUUGACAGCAGCCGUUCCUGUGUUGUUCGUGGGCAAGUAGUAGCUGUGGAUGGGACCCCCCUUGUUGGUGUUAAUGUAAGCUUUUUGCAUCACAGUGACUAUGGAUAUACUAUCAGUCGUCAGGACGGAAGCUUUGACCUUGUCACCAUUGGUGGGAUCUCAGUUACUCUCCUUUUUGAGAGAUCUCCUUUUGUUACUGAGAAGAGGACAAUAUGGCUUCCUUGGAAUAAAUUCAUCGUAGUUGAUAAAGUGGUGAUGCAGAGGACAGAACCAGAGGUCCCAGUUUGUGACAUGACAAAUUUUGUCACUCCAAAUCCAAUUGUUCUUCCUUCACCGUUAACUGCAUUUGCAGGUUCAUGCAGUCAGAGAGGCACUGUUAUUCCUGAAUUACAGGUUGUGGCAGAGGAAAUUUCUAUCCCUUCUAGUUUUGUGAAACUCAGCUACUUAAGCAGCCGAACGCUAGGAUACAAAAGUUUGGUUCAUAUUAUUUUGACCCACGCAACAAUCCCUGUUGGGCUGAGUAAAGUGCACCUGACAGUAGCAGUGGAAGGAAGACUUAUACAAAAAUGGUUCCCUGCUGCUAUCAACUUGGUCUAUACAUUUGCCUGGAAUAAAACUGACAUUUAUGGCCAAAAGGUUUCUGGCCUUACAGAGGCAUUAGUGUCGCUCGGAUACGAAUAUGAAUCAUGCCCAGAUCUUGUUUUAUGGGAAAAAAGAACAGUAAUGCUACAAGGAUUUGAGAUGGAUGCAUCAAACCUUGGUGGAUGGUCCUUCAACAAACACCACAUUUUAAAUCAUCAAAAUGGUAUAUUGCACAAAGGAGAUGGAGAAAACAUAUUUAUCUCAAUGCAGCCCCCAGUGAUCUCAACCCUUAUGGGAAAUGGUCAACAAAGAGGCCUUUCUUGCUCCAGUUGUAAUGGGCCUGUGCAUAACAACAAACUCUUUGCUCCAGUUGCUAUGGCAACUGGACCGGAUGGAAGCAUUUACAUUGGGGAUUUCAACUUUGUUAGACGUAUACACCCAUCUGGAAAUGUCAUCAGCAUUUUAGAACUUAGAAACAGAGAUACAAGACACAGUACAAGUCCUGCUCACAAAUAUUAUCUGGCUGUGGAUCCUGGAUCUGAAUCUCUUUACCUAUCUGACACAAACACCAGGCGGGUCUACAGAAUAAAGUCCCUCACUGAUACGAAGGAACUGACAAAGAACUUUGAAGUAGUGGCAGGAACAGGUGAUCAGUGCCUACCAUUUGAUCAGAGCCACUGUGGAGAUGGGGGGAAAGCAUAUGAGGCAUCUCUCAACAGCCCAAGAGGUGUAACAGUGGAUGGACACGGUUUUAUUUACUUUGUUGAUGGCACAAUGAUUCGAAAGGUAGAUGACAGAGGUAUCAUAUCAACAAUUAUUGGGCUAAAUGGUCUCACGUCAACUCAGCCAUUGAGCUGUGACUCAGGAAUGGAUAUCAGCCGGGUACGACUGGAAUGGCCAACAGAUCUAGCAGUUAACCCUAUGGAUAAUUCAUUAUACGUCUUGGACAAUAACAUUGUUCUUCAGAUUUCUGAAAAUAACCAAGUUAGAAUUAUUGCUGGCCGUCCCAUACACUGCCAGGUGCCCGGUAUUGACUAUUUCCUGGUCAGCAAAGUCGCAGUCCACUCCACAUUGGAAUCAGCCAGAGCCAUUGCUGUGUCUCACAGUGGGGUUCUGUUUAUCGCUGAAACUGAUGAAAGGAAGAUCAGCAGAAUACAGCAAGUCACCACCAAUGGAGAAAUAUCAGUCUUAGUGGGUGCCCCAACUGACUGCGACUGCAAAAUCGAUCCAAACUGUGACUGUUAUUCAGGGGAUGGUGGAUUUGCAAAAGAUGCCAGGCUGAAAGCUCCCUCUUCUUUAGCCGUGUCUCCAGAUGGUACUCUCUACAUAGCAGACCUUGGCAACAUACGAAUCCGUGCAGUUAGCAGAAACAAACCUCAUCUGAAUUCUAUGAAUAUUUAUGAAGUGGCUUCUCCAGCAGACCAAGAACUGUAUCAGUUCAGCACCAAUGGCACCCACCUCCACACAUUGCAUCUAAUAACUAGAGACUAUAUAUACAAUUUCACCUACAAUGGAGAUGGGGAUAUCAAUUCUAUCACAAGCAGCAAUGGUAAUUCAGUUCAUAUUCGCAGAGAUGCAGGGGGAAUGCCCUUGUGGUUAGUGGUACCCGGAGGUCAAGUGUACUGGCUCACUAUUAGCAGCAAUGGGGUACUAAAAAGAAUUUCAGCACAAGGAUACAAUGUGGCACUGAUGACAUAUCAUGGAAACACUGGUCUUCUGGCAACCAAAAGUAAUGAGAAUGGUUGGACUACAGUUUAUGAGUACGAUCUUGAAGGACAUCUAACAAAUGCAACAUUUCCAACUGGAGAAGUCAGCAGUUUCUACAGUGACAUGGAAAAAUCCACCCGGGUCGAAGUAGACACAUCCAGCCGAGAAAAUGUAGUGACCACGACAAAUAUAUCUGCAACUAGCACAGUAUAUGCACUAAAGCAAGAAAACACGAUUAAUACUUAUCGGGUGAAUCCUGAUGGAUCGUUAAGAGUCACCCUCGCCAGCGGCAUGGAAAUUACAUUAAAUGCAGAACCCCACAUAUUGGCAGGAGUAGUCAGUCCAACGCUGGGGAAAUGUAAUAUCUCUCUGCCUGGGGAACAUAGCCCAAAUCUUAUUGAAUGGCGUCAAAGAAAGGAGCAGAAUAAAGGCAACAUUUCAGCAUUUGAGAGGCGUUUGAGGGCCCACAACAGGAAUUUAUUGUCCAUUGAUUUUGAUCAUGUCACCAGAACUGGAAAGAUCUAUGAUGACCACCGGAAAUUUACCCUUAGAAUUCUGUAUGAUAAAACUGGACAUCCAAUCCAGUGGUCACCAAGCAGCAAGUACCAUGAUGUCAAUAUCACUUAUUCACCUACUGGACUUGUAACCUCCAUUCAAAGAGGAACCUGGCAUGAGAAAAUGGAGUACGACCAAAAUGGAAAAAUGGUUUCAAGAACUUGGGCUGAUGGAAAAAUAUGGAGCUACACUUACUUAGAAAAGAUAAUCAACCUUCACCUGCAUAGCCAACGGCGUUACAUCUUUGAAUUUGACCAUUCAGACUACCUUUCUUCUGUUACAAUGCCUAACAUGAUGCGACAUGGCUUGCAAACAAUGCUUUCUGUUGGAUAUUAUCGAAAUAUUUAUAGCCCACCAGAUAGCAGUGGCUCUUUUAUUCAAGAUUUCAGUGGUGAUGGCCGACUCCUACAGACAUUGUAUCUAGGAACGGGACGUAGAGUUUUAUACAAAUAUACCAAACAAUCACGGCUUUCUGAAAUUCUCUAUGAUACCACUCAAGUCUCGUUUACUUAUGAGGAAUCAUCUGGAGUCAUUAAAACAAUACAUCUGAUGCAUGAGGGUUUCAUAUGUACUAUUAGAUAUAGACAAACAGGUCCCCUGAUUGGACGACAGAUCUUUAGAUUCAGUGAAGAAGGCCUUGUGAAUGCCAGAUUUGACUAUAGCUAUAACAACUUCCGAGUUACAAGUAUGCAAGCCAUGAUAAAUGAGACCCCUCUUCCCAUAGACUUAUAUCGAUAUGUUGAUGUCUCAGGAAGGACUGAACAGUUUGGAAAAUUUAGUGUCAUUAAUUAUGAUUUAAAUCAAGUCAUCACGACUACUAUGAUGAAACAUACCAAGAUUUUUAGUUCUAGUGGUCAAGUUAUUGAAGUCCAGUAUGAAAUACUAAAGGCUAUUGCUUACUGGAUGACUGUUCAGUAUGAUAAUAUGGGUCGGAUGGUUAUAUGUGACAUAAGAGUAGGUGUAGAUGCCAAUAUAACCAGAUAUUUUUAUGAAUAUGAUCCUGACAGCCAACUUCAGACUGUAUCCGUUAAUGACAAACCGCAAUGGCGUUAUAGUUAUGAUCUAAAUGGAAACAUAAACUUGCUAAGUCAUGGAAAUAGUGCCCGUCUAACCCCACUGAGAUAUGAUCUUGGAGAUCGCAUUACAAGACUGGGUGAAAUUCAGUACAAAAUGGAUGAUGAUGGAUUUCUCAGACAACGAGGUAACGAUAUAUUUGAAUACAACUCAAAUGGUCUUUUGAGCAAGGCUUAUAAUAAAGUCUCUGGCUGGAAUGUGCAAUAUAGGUAUGAUGGACUAGGGAGGCGUGUUGCCAGCAAGUCAAACAUGGGAUCUCACCUACAAUUUUUUUAUGCAGACUUAGCAAAUCCAAUAAGAGUCACUCAUUUGUACAAUCACACCAGUUCAGAGAUAACAUCACUAUAUUAUGAUCUUCAAGGUCAUCUUAUUGCCAUGGAAUUGAGUAGUGGAGAAGAAUAUUAUGUUGCUUGUGACAACACAGGAACACCGCUUGCAGUGUUCAGCAGUCGAGGACAAGUCAUUAAGGAAAUCCUGUACACCCCAUUUGGAGAUAUUUAUCAAGAUACCAAUCCUGAUUUUGAGGUUAUCAUUGGAUUUUAUGGAGGACUCUAUGACUCUUUAACCAAGCUUGUACACCUUGGACAGAGAGAUUAUGAUGUUGUUGCUGGGCGAUGGGCAACACCUAAUCACCAUAUUUGGAAUAAACUCAACAACAACCCAAAACCUUUUAACUUGUACUCAUUUGAAAAUAACUACCCAGUUGGAAGGACACAGGAUGUCACCCAGUAUACCACAGAUAUUGGAAGUUGGCUCGAACUUUUUGGAUUUCAACUGCAUAAUGUCCUACCAGGAUUUCCCAAAUCAGAAGCAAAGGGCUUUGAAUCAACCUAUGAGUUAUCACAGCUCCAAACCAAAACCCAGGAGUGGGAUCCUGGAAAGACUAUACUUGGUAUUCAGUGUGAGCUACAGAAACAACUGAGAAACUUCAUUUCCUUGGACCAACUUCCCAUGGCCCCAAAAUAUAAUGAAGGAAGAUAUACUGGAAAUUCUAAAUAUCCAAGGUUUGCUGCAGUUCCAUCUGUUUUUGGAAAAGGCAUCAAGUUUGCCAUCAAAGAUGGAAUAGUGACUGCUGAUAUAAUUGGAGUGGCCAACGAAGAUAGUCGUCGUAUUGCAACAAUUUUAAACAAUGCUCAUUACCUGGAAGAUUUACACUUUACAGUAGAAGGCCGAGAUACACACUACUUCAUUAAAUUAGGGUCUUUGGAGGAAGAUUUGUCUGUCAUCGGCAAUACUGGAAGUGGACGUGUUCUGGAAAAUGGAGUUAAUGUCACUGUGUCCCAGAUGACAUCUGUGGUCAAUGGGAGAACUAGAAGGUUUGCAGAUAUCCAACUUCAACAUGGCUUUUUGUGCUUUAAUGUCCGUUAUGGAACAACCAUAGAAGAGGAGAAAAAUCAUGUGUUAGAAUUGGCGAGACAGAGGGCAGUAGCUCAGGCUUGGACUAAGGAACAGAAAAGACUACAGGAAGGUGAAGAAGGCAUAAGAGUGUGGACAGAGGCAGAAAAACAGCAGCUUUUAAGUACAGGAAAGGUACAAGGAUAUGAUGGAUAUUUUGUCCUUUCAGUGGAACAGUAUCUUGAACUUUCUGAUAGUGCCAACAACAUUCACUUUAUGAGACAGAGCGAAAUAGUCAGGAGGUAACAAACAAACAAAAUAAACUCGUUGCCUUUGCGUCACCAAAGACUGCCUGUUUUUAAACAUAAAAUGAUUUAUUGUAUUGAUUUUCUAGAUCAGAUCUCUGUAUAUGUAAAUAUAAAAAACAUAUCCAACUGCC